AUCCAAGGAUAAAGAAGUUCCGUUCAAAACCAUUCAUGCUCUUCAAGUCAUUGGCUUCACUACAUGAAGGAAGUGUUGCUUCAGGAGACUUGAACUUUGUAUCAAUUCCGCAGGUGGAUCGCACAAGCGAUGCCAUUUCUCCUAUGGAUUCCUCUACCAAUGAUUUGAACCAUAUCUCCUCUACCAAUGUUGAUGAUGGUAUGUCCUCAUCUGAUCUACAAGGGCAAGGGGCAUCAAGAAGAGAUGAACCUGAAGCUACAACAUCUACCAACUCUGAACAAAAGGGAGCACUGCCUGUGAAUAAGAGGAAGCAAAGCCAGAUCGUUGUUGUACUUGAGGACUACAUGGAUUUUCGUAAGAAACAAUCUGCAAAAAUGAUUGACGAGUUGAAGGAAUCAAAGCAAGAUGGAAACUGUGUGGUUGCGCUAGAACCAAUGGAAGAUCUAUCAGUUGCAAGCAAAGGCACUGUGGCUUUUCAAAUGCCCAAUGAGUCGAGAAAUAUUCAGCAAUACCAAGGACUCAAAUCUUUGGCUUUAUUGGUUGAAGGAGGAGAUUUCUGAGAUGUAGAUAGCAUAAGGUGUGUAAACAAUUCACCUUCUUGUUUUGCACUACAUCCAUUUUAUAUUUAUUUACUUUGUGGCAUUAUGU